GAGACAGGAAGAGACGAACUGCUUUGUGUGUGGAGUAGGGCUCACUAGUUUAACUUUGGCAAGAUGGGAAAUGCUUAUGAAAAGCAAAAAACAUGAAUGUCAACGGAAGAAUAAUGAAAAACGGACGAAUAAAGCGACUAUUUUGAUGGACACAGUGAAUUUUCAACGAGACGGAUAGUUUUUUUCAACUGCGUUCUAGCGUGACACAGUUGGCAACACAACGUUAAGCUCAGCGAGGCAGAGAGGCUCUCUCAAACUUGGGAGGAUUACCAGAAGAUAUAACAUUUCAAUUGAUGCUUCCUGGGCCACAGUUUUUCGAGAUGUUAAUGUUCCUUACUCGAAAGCCAAGAAGAAGGAUUACAAAAAAGUUUAAAUAAAGCGACGUGUGUGUAUUUGAGGGUUCAUAUUUAAAUUUCCCUCCCUUUUUAGCCCAGGGCAGUACCAGAAAAGGGGUUCACAGAAAUCAAUCAACACAGUUUUGGGGUCCUGGUUGAAAUUCAGACAGUUUGCGGCGCUUAGGGAGAGUUUGUUUUUAUGUAAUCACGACGUCGUCUGUCUAGUUACAAGGAAACACUCACUAUUUGAAUAGUUCGGGUGCUUUCAUUUUUUUGAUUUUCAUAAGAACACACUAGCCAUGGAUCCACAUUCGGGGAAUGGGGCAUCAGCCCCUGUUUCUAAAGGAAAAGAGAAAAAGCCUAAGAAAAAUUAUGAAGAUGGAGAAAGCAAGAAAAAGUUUAAACUUAAAAGGCUGAUUCCCGAUGAGCUGGAGCGCUUCACCAGCAUGCGUCAGAAGAAGGAGAAGGAGAAACCCGGCCACCACCCGGGCCAGAGGCACUCCACGGCCGCCCAGUACGAGGUGCCCGCCGGGGGCUCCAUGCUGCACGAGCACCCAGACGAGUACGUGCUGGACCUGUUCGAGAAGAUGCUGGUGGACAUGAAUCUGAAUGAGGAGAAACAGCGGCCCUUGCGGGAGAAGGACAUCAGCAUCAAACGGGAGAUGGUGUCUCAGUACCUGCACACCUCCAAGGCUAGUCAAAACCAGAAAGAGAGCUCCAAGUCUGCGCUGGUUUACAUUCAGGAGCUGAAGAGCGAGCCCCGAGACACACAGCUACUCAGCAUCCUGGAGUCUCUGAGAGUCUCUCUCAACAGCAUGAGAGAGUUUUGGAGUCCCUAACAGAGAUAGCGGAAGAACGGGACAAUGAGCGGUUUGAAUAUCUACUGUCCGGCAUAAGCAAGCCUAACAUUGCACUCAAGGCUGUGUGUAUGCAGCUGAUCAACGCCCUGAUCUCCCGCGGAGAGGAGCUGGACUUCAGGAUCCACAUCCGCUCAGAGCUCAUGAGGCUCGGCCUGCGGGACCUGCUCAAUGAGCUGAGGAACAUUGAGAAUGAGGAGCUGAAGGUGCAGUUGCAAGUGUUUGAUGAGCAGGCGGAGGACGACUCGGAGGACUUCAGGGCUCGGCUGGACGAUGUCCGCAUUGAGAUGGAUGAUACGACGGAGGUGUUCCAGAUCCUCCUGAACACGGUGAAGGACUCCAAGGCCGAGGGCUACUUCCUGUCCCUCAUGCAGCACCUGCUGCUGGUGCGCAACGACUACAUGGUCAGGCCACAGUACUAUAAACUGAUCGACGAAUGCAUCGCCCAGAUUGUGCUGCACAGGAACGGGGUCGACCCGGACUUCAAGUGCCGCAACCUGCAGAUCGAAGUGGAGAGCCUCAUCGACAAAAUGGUGGACAAGACCAAGGUGGAGAUCAGCGAGGCCAAGGCUGUGGAGCUGGAGAAGAAGCUGGAUACGGAGCUGACGGCGCGGCACGAGCUGCAGGCGGAGCUGAACAAGAUGGAGAGCGACCUCAAGCAGCAGCUGCAGGAGCUGGAGAAGGAGAAGGAGCGGCUGGGCUCGGAGAAGGGCGAGAAGGAGAAGGAGAACCAGGGCCUGCAGGGCCGCAUCGGAGAGCUCACCCAGAAGAUCGAGAAGCUCUCCAAAGACCUGGAGGAAGCCAAGACCAAGGUCAUCAUGGUGACCGUGCCUGUGCCCGUGCCUGCGUCAGGACCCCCCGCACCUGGCCAACCUGGGGGGCCUCCACCUCCGCCGCCUCCACCCCCCCUCCCAGGUCAGACCGGCUUCCCAGCUCAGCCUGGCCCCCCAGUACCAUGCCCUGCUGCCCUGCCCAUCCCACCAGGACCACCGCAUGGCAUGCCCCCUCCCCCACCGCCGCCCCCUUUACCGGGCAUGCCUGGUCCUCCACCUCCACCCCCACUCCCUGGCAUGCCUGGACCCCCACCACCCCCACCCUUGCCAGGCAUGCCCGGUCCCCCUCCACCACCCCCACUGCCGGGCAUGCCUGGCCCCCCUCCUCCGCCACCUCUUCCGGGCAUGGGAGGUCCACCGCCCCCUCCGCCUCUGCCUGGGAUGCCGGGGAUGCCCCCUCCACCGCCUCCUCCGCCCGGCGGCCCUGGCGCGCCCCCUCCGCCACCCUUCAUGGGGGGCAUGCCUCCCCCUCCGCCCGGGGGCUUCGGAGGCUGGGGCGUCAAAGCGCUGCCCUUCGGCCUGGAGCCUAAGAAGGAGUACAAGCCAGAGGUCCAGCUGAAGAGAGCCAACUGGUCCAAGAUUGGCCCAGAGGAGCUGAAGGAGAACAGCUUCUGGACCAAGGUGAAGGAGGAACGAUUCGAGACCAGUGAGCUCUUAGCCAAACUCACCAUCACCUUCUCCUCACAGACCAAGACUAAGAAGGAUCAGGAGGGGGCAGAUGAGAAGAAGGUGGCCCAGAAGAAGAAGGUGAAGGAGCUGAAGGUCAUCGACGGCAAGACCUCACAGAACCUGUCUAUUUUCCUGGGUUCAAACCGCAUGCCAUAUGAGGACUUGAAAAAUGCCAUCCUGGAAGUGAAUGAGAAAGUGCUCACUGAGAACAUGGUGCAGAGCCUGAAUAAGCUGUUGCCAGAGCCUGAGCAGUUGAGUGUGUUGGCUGAGAUGAAGGAUGAGUACGACGACCUGGCCGAAUCGGAGCAGUUUGGAGUGGUGAUCAGCUCGGUGAACCGCCUGAAGCCGCGCCUGAGCGCCAUCCUGUUCCGGCUGCAGUUCGAGGAGCAGCUGAACAACCUGAAGCCGGACGUGGUGGCGGUGUCGGCCGCCUGCGAGGAGAUGCGCCAGAGCAAGGCCUUCUCCCAGCUGCUGGAGCUCAUCCUGCUCGUGGGCAACUACAUGAACGCCGGCUCGCGCAACGGCAAGGCCUUCGGCUUCAGCAUCAGCUACCUGUGCAAGCUGCGAGACACCAAGUCUGCGGACCAGAAGCAGACGCUGCUGCACUUCCUGGCGGACAUGUGCCUAGAGGAGCAUCCCGACGUCAUGCACUUCGCCGACGAGCUCAUCCACGUGGAGAAGGCCAGCCGAGUGUCUGCUGAGAUGCUGCAGAAGAAUCUGAACCAGAUGGGCAAGCAGAUUCAGAACCUGGAGAAGGACAUCGAGAGCUUCCCGCCAGCCCAGAGCGACAAGGACAAGUUUGUCGAGAAAAUGACGACCUUCGUGGCCACCGCCAAGGAGCAGUACGAGAAGCUGGACCUGAUGCACAAGAACAUGGAGAAGCAGUACGAGGAGCUGGGCACCUACUUCGUCUUUGACCCCCGCAAGAUCAGCCCCGAGGACCUGUUCGGAGACCUCAACAACUUCAAGAACAUGUUCCAAACUGCGGUGAAGGAGAACCAGAAGCGUAGGGAGUCGGAGGAGAAGAUCCGCAAGGCCAAGCUGGCCCGGGAGAAGGCCGAGAGGGAGAAGGAGGAGAAGGCCAAGAGGAGUCAGAUCCUCGACAUCAACGCAGAGGGUGAUGAGACUGGUAUCAUGGACGGCCUGUUGGAGGCACUGCAGUCUGGAGCUGCGUUCAGGAGGAAGAGAGGACCCCGACAAGCAGGGAACGCUUGGACCGGAGCCCGGCGGCGCGGAGACUAA